ACGCACGGAUCAUGAUGCAUCAGCAUCACGAUCAAGGCAACCAUCGAGGCCCUCCGUUCGACAGACAUCAAGCGAUGCAAGCAGCCAGGCAUCUACUUCACGUCCUACGACUACGGCAAAACCUCCUCCAACGAAGAAGAAACAGUCACUGUACGAUAUGUUGCGCGCCGAAAACUUUACAGAUCCCUUAUUAGGCCUUGCAAAUGACAGAUGUGAUAAUUUGAUGCAUCUACUGAGAUUGGAAAGGCCUCUUAUCGAGGUCAUUAUGGGCAUCACCGAUAAAAUAAGAUUUGCAUUCUUUAAACAUUUAAAGAAAGAAUGGUGGUGA